AUGUGGUGCGCGGCUGACUGCGUGACGAAGUGGAACUCCCCGGUGCUGAAGCAGCCUUCGUGCCCGCGGCCACCGUCCAGCUUCAUCGCAGACCGGAGAAAGGGCGCGGCGUCAGUGGGCAAGGCGACGAGAAGCCGCGGCGCCGCUCAGCCACAGGCCCGCACGACGCGUGAAGUGAUCGCCGUCUCUGUCGGCGGGGCUGGCAACUCUGUCGGAACCCAAUUUUGGGAGGACAUUUCGAUAGAACAUGGUAUCGACCCGACGGGCACGUACGCUGGAGGUUCGGAUCUCCAGCUCGAGUGCGUCGACGUGUACUACCGAGAGGAGGCGAGCGGACGCUACGCGCCGCGCGCCGUCAUCGUCGACCUGGAGCCUGGCACCAGGGACUCUGUCCUCGCGCGCCCCUACGGCGGGCUGUUUAGCCCGAGCAACUUUGUAUUCGGCCAGACGGGUUCAGGCAACAACUGGGCCAAGGGCCACUACACGGAGGGGGCUGAGCUCAUCGGCACCGUCCUCGACGUCAUACGCAAGGAGGCUGAAGCCAGCGACGCUCUCGAGGGCAUUCAACUGAAUCACGCCAUCGGAGGCGGCACCGGCGGCGGCUUGGGCACGCUCCUCAUCUCCAAGUUCCGUGAGGAGUUCGGAGAGCGCUUCGUGUGCACCUUUUCAAUCGCUCCCUCGCCCAAGGUGUCCGACACCGUCACUGAGCCGUACAACGCGGUCCUCUCCUUCAUUCAGCUCGUCGAGAACGUGGACGCAACCUUCAUGUUUGACGAACAGCGGCUCUACGACGUCUGCUUCCGCGCUCCGCUCAAUAUCACCGCUCCCACCUACCGUGACCUCAACCAGCUCACGAGCGGCGCCAUGGCAGGGAUCACCACUUGCGUCCGCUUCCCAACCGCGCUCAACUUUCGCGAUGUGGCCAACAGUCUGCUCACGAGCGAAAUGUUCCGCGAACGCAACAAGCUGGGCAGCUACCGCGACGCGCCCAACAGCAAGUACCUCGCCGCCGCGGGCUUCUUUCGUGGAGGCAUCUCGGCCGCGGAGCUGGACGAGCAGAUGCUCCGCGUGCGGAGCGCACACUCGAGCCGCAUCGUCAACUGGAUCCCAAACAACAUUCAGCACUCGCACUGCGAGAUCCCGGCCAGGGGACUCGUGGCCUCGGCCGGCUACGCAGUCAACUCGACGGGCAUUUCGACGAUGUUUGGGAGCCUCCUAGAGUACUACAGCUUGAUGUUGCGCCGCAGGAGCUUCCUGCACUGGUACACCGGCAACGGCAUGGAGGAGGCGGAGUUCGGCGAAGCCCAGGCGAACAUGAAUGACCUCAUCGGCGAGUACCUGCAGGCCCAGGACUCGGAGGGGCCACCCGCGGGGUGGAGGAGCCGGUGA